CUAGUUCAGUCUGACCUAUAUUUAUUUACAGUUUUAUACGAAAGCGCGCCUUUAGCGAGCAUUAACAGGAAGAGUUAAGGUUGGAGAAGAUCGAAAUCCCGGGCAUUCCCCGAGAAACUAAACCCACGCAAAAUCAUGACGAGUUUCGAUGAACGAUGCAAACCUAUCGAGGAAGUACGAAUAGAGAUUCCCACAAAACGAUACUAUUCAAGGAGAAGGGCGGGAGUUUUAAAAAGAAACGUUAUUCUCGUGGUUCUCAUUCUCCAGGGCUUCAGUAUCGCUGGUCUUCUCAUUUCGGUGACCACGUUGUAUCAGCGAGAAGCAAAACAAGGAGUCCAGAAAGCACUCGAAACAUCCGAGCAUGGAGAAAACGUGUUGAAUUUUGGUGAUGGAACACAAGGUCGAAAGGAACUUACCAAGGACGUUUUAGUUAAAAACGGGCUCGCUGAAAUGGUCAACGCCAUUAAUGACAAAAGUGCUCGUAUGUAUGAAAAUGAUGAGGACGACGGAGAUGGAGAACUUGAUGCAGAAAUUGAAUCAGAAGAUGCAGAGCAUACCCUAGUCAGGAAUAAACGACGAGCAAAAAGGAAAGGGCCACGUGGGCGCGGAAGAAAACCAAAAGGUCGAAAGAGAAAGAAACAACGAUGUCACACUAACACACAACCACCUUUGAAGAUAAUAACAAAGCGAGAAACAGUCGAAGAAAAUCCCCUUAUUGAGAAUCUAGAGACGAAUACACAACCAAAUGUUACUGCAAACCAAUCCGAAAACAAUACUAUAGAAGAGCUGCAGGAGAAAAUCAAUGCCCUGAUAGCAAAAAUCGACACUAUGAACAGUAUAGUGAACGGACGGAUUGAUAUCAUCAGGAGAACAAUUAUAAACGGCGAAAAGAACGCACAUACAUAUUGCCACUUGAAGACGUAUUGUAAGAAACCCCCUCUCCCUGAAAUAAUGCAACCCGGAAAAUAUUUCCGAUGGAAUAAGGCCUGUUCCGAAUGUGAAAUGGAAGUCAAAGAAACACCUGGUACGUUUGUAACUGUUUCUGAAGAUGGCAUCUACUUCGUCUAUUCACAAACAGCGGCAUACGGGAACAGCGAAAAUAGUGGCACCGAACAUGGCAUAGGGCACGAUACUGUUAGAAUAGCGAAUGGCUUGGACCCCGACGACAAUGCAACCACGCUAAUGUCGAGUGUAUCGACGCAAGUGCACGGGGGCAGAAAAUUCGGUGGAAAAUACCCACAAGAUACAAACUACCAAGGUGGCGUUUUUGAACUAGCACAUGGCGACCAAAUCGGAGUUAGACCAUUUUCAACGUACCGUAGAUACAAACUAAAUGGAGAUAAGACAUACUUUGGCUUAAUCCUUCUACGGCCAUUAAAAACGAAUCUCCCUCCUGACAUUGGUUUCCAUAGAGAUGACAAUAGUACUCAAAUUCAAGAUCGUCAUAGACACCACCGUAAAGCCGAUCGGAGGACUCCAAGGAAUUGAAAACAUAGCUUGAUCUUAAAAAUAUCAACACACAUUCAGUUAACAUGAAACGGGAACACAGGGACUGAACCGAAUUUUAGGUUUAACCAUGAAAUUCACUGUAAAGUUCACUGUUGUUAUAGACAUUUAUAUAGUAAAAUAUCCAGAAACUAUACCAGAUCUUUCUGAAACAAUGAAAACAUCAGAUUGAUCAAAUUCCAUCGACCUCGUGUUGUACCUAACCCCGCGCGUUUAACUGUCACGCUUGAUUUGGUACACACCCUGUGAGGAACAAGACAC